GGUACCGAGACAGAAGCACAGAAAAACACCGCGCUCGAGUGAGGGGCAGGCAUCGCGAACCGGUCAGGUUGUGCAUGGGCAAGAGGGAUUUAAUAUUGUUUACAUGUACCGAAAAGGGACUGAGCCAAACUGGACGGACUGCAUGCACAACUCCUGCAACGGACUAGUCUGCGUCUCCCUGACACAUUUGUUCCUCUAAAUCGUUAGGCAUCUUUGCAUGGUUUGGUUCUCCUUAAUCAAUUACAGUUUGGGCUUUAGUGGCUCGUUGGGACAAUAAAAGCGCAGAAAAUCACCAUGCAGGCUAGACGGUUGUCGAAGCGGUCGAUCCUUGGGAGCAGGGUGUGCACCCCAGGUCCUAGUGGAGACGGGGUGCUGUUACCUGGGGUAGUGCAGGCGCAGAUGUCUGAAAGCAAGGCAUGCUCGGACCCGGGGCCGUCUGGCAUGCGUCGCAAUGUGUACCCUGUAAUGUUGGAGGAUGGCAUACUAAAGGACUACCCAGAAGAUGAGAUUUUGGCCAUCCUGGGUACAACAGCAUUUGGUGCACAGCCUGCACACGCCAAAUCAUCAGCGCCGCUUAAAGCCACCAUGAAGGGGGCAUGUAAGCUUGAUAUGGCAGUUACUGCACCUGAGGUAGAAGAAACAAAGACUAAAAUCAGCCAAAAAGGAUCUGAACAAGAUCUGCCAGCUACUGUAAAAGAAGUGGAUUUGGGAACACUGGAGACCAAAAGAACUGCCCAGUCCCAAGAUGGUGAAAAGGACCAGCCACGUUCUGUCUCACUUCUAGAGCAGAAACGUAAAGUUGUUUCUUCCAACAUUGAUGUCCCUCAUGCCAGGAAGUCUUCUGAAGAACUGGAUAUGGAUAAAGUAACUGCAGCUAUGGUUCUCACCAGCUUGUCAACCAGCCCAUUAGUUCGCAGUCCUCCUGUGCGCACCAGUGAUGGAUUGAAUGGUUCCUGGAAGGAGUGUGGAUUUAUGCCAUCAAGUUCCAGUAGCAGUGGGUAUUGGAGUUGGAAUGGUCCCAGUGAUCAGUCCAACCCAUCAACGCCCUCACCACCAUUGUCUGCCGACAGCUUUAAGCCAUUCCGAAUGACUGCUCAGCCUGAUGAUGGAAUUGAUGAAGCAGAAGCUAGCAAUCUCCUUUUUGAUGAACCUAUCCCAAGAAAAAGAAAGAACUCCAUGAAGGUUAUGUUUAAAUGCCUUUGGAAGAAUUGUGGCAAGGUACUCAGUACAGCAGCAGGGAUUCAGAAACACAUCCGCAUCGUUCACUUAAGCCGCAAUGGGGAAUCUGACUGCAGUGAUGGAGAAGAAGAUUUUUACUACACAGAGAUUAAGCUUAACACAGACUCUGUUGCUGAGGGACUCAGCAGUCUUUCACCAGUUUCUCCAUCUAUUGCCUCCCCACCUCCCACCUUCCCUGUUCCGGAAGGACGCCUUGACAGUGCUUGUGUCAAAGCUGAAACGAAACUCACAACUCCUCUGAGUCGGUCUGCUCCCACCACAUUGUAUCGUGUACAAACAGAUCAUGCCUACCAGACAAAUACAACAAGGUCGGGAGUGUCCAGUGAUACAUCUUCUGAUAAUGUCCCAGAGCAGGCCACAGCACCAGUAAACAUUCCAGGUUCAGCAAAGUUUACUCCAAAUGGGAGUAGCUUCAGUAUUUCAUGGCAGUCUCCUCCGGUCACCUUCACAGGCACUCCAGUUUCACCAACACACAGUCGUCCUCCAGGCCUAACAGACCAACGACAACAGGCGUAUACAGUCUUGCCAUCACCUCCCAGAGCCAUGAUUGGAUUAAGGAAACCACGUAGUGAAGGGAAGAAAUGUCGGAAGGUUUAUGGAAUGGAAAACCGUGACAUGUGGUGUACUGCGUGUCGUUGGAAGAAAGCUUGCCAAAGGUUUAUUGACUAAAGACUGGAAACCUGCUAGGGAUGGAGCUAUCUGCAAAUGGGCCUAUUGCAGCUAUGCCACACAGGCUCUCCUUUUUUGACUUCUUUUUGAAGUUCUUUUUAAAGAAGCAGCUUUGUACUUCAACAGGGAGCACUUAUAUCCAAAGAGAAGCACUUAUGUAUGGAACUUGUAAGAAAACAUCUUCAGACAGAGCAAUUUACUGCUCAUGUAUUUGUUUCAGUUUCUUGUACCAAUCUUUUAUACGGAUCACCUGUGGUUUACUUUUUUUUUGCCAGAUGUUUUUUAUCCGUACCAAAAGGUAAUUGAAAAAUGAACUGCUGUGAAACAGAAAGAAUCCUUUUUACCAUUUUUUAUUCAAUACUGUUAAAUACUUUUAGUGCAGCACGUCAUACAGCAUAUAUAUAUCAUAAGCUAAGACUGUUUUCUACACUUCCAAGUGGAAAAUUGUUGAAAUUGCAUUGUUUGAGUAAAGUGCUGUUUUUAAAAGAA